UGUGUAGUAGACCUUCCGCUUAAAGAUAUCACGGUAGGCAAGAAUAUGGAUAUAUAUAUUUUUCGACCCGUCAGUUAACAGCUCUCGAAAGUCCAACUACACAAUACGCAUUACAGAUUUGAAGAGGAGAGGAAAAACGCAGGACAAGUUUGAAUUUUAGAAAGACCAAGAAACAAAAAGCAAGAAGAUUGAAAAAAGGAAAAUGUGAACGUGGAAGAAAAAGAAGAAGUUGGGGCCUUAGUGUUCUCUUGUUCACCGGCUCAGGCGAAGGCACCCACUUCGGUGGUGAGUGAGUCCAUGAAAUAAAAUACCCUCGAACAAGUCUCUUCAGCGAAUCGACCAAAAUGACUAUGUCUCGCCGCGGACAACAGCAACAGCACGCGCAGGUCGUGCACCAGAUGAAGAACAAGACCACCACGUGGUCCACGACCGCCGCGCUCCACUGCGUUGUGGUCUUCACCAGCCUGACGGGAUUUUUACCCGCUUCUGUUGACGCGGUUUUCAACCCUCUGUCGAGUGACUACCUGGAUCGGAUCUUGAACAAGUGCCGGGAGACAGGCGGCGUCCGGUUUCCAAACACAGUGAACGCCACCGAUUUUACCCAAAUUUGCAGGAAGAAGAACAUGCGGUUUGCGAUCGGCGUAUCCUGUGCAAAAGUAUCGUAGUCGUACUAAUUGCAAAUAUGCAUGACAAAUCUCCUGCCUAAAGUAAAACAGCAUUUUACAAAUUCCACUUUUGUUCUUGCCAAAAUUUGUGAUGCAAUUUAUACUAGUACGAUACUUUUGCAAUGCAUACGGCGAGAACGAAGGCGAUCUGGAAACGACCAGCAACGGCCCGCUGGCGUUUUCGGGUACCGUGACCACGGCCUCAUCCCUGACCAAGGCCUUCCGCAAAUUGGACUUUGGCGACGAUCACGACGGGGCGACCUCGGCCAGGUGCUGGAUCCGUUGCGGCACCGGGAGCGCGACGUAUCAGGCCUUCGCGGCUGAAUUGCCGUUUGCGGGCGGAACGGAGGGGGCUGCGCAAGACGGAGACGUGGUCACGGUCACGCGGAAGGGCUAUGGGAUAAACGGCGAGGGUAUCAAAUAUAAAAGUGUCUGGGUCUGGAAGAAUGCAACUUGUGAUGCUGCAUUUGGAUUCCAGAAAAAUCUGUAUUGCAUGAGUACCAAAAGGAAUGUAAUUUUUGCUACGUGGAGAGGGCAUUUGUCAUGCGGAAUAGGCAUCAGGAGGCUCUCAAAAAAUCUGUGA